AUGAUAUUGCUCCUAAUCUACGCCGCAAUUCUUUGGUCCGCCAUCUACUACACGGUCAGAUACUUUAGAGAACUGCAGUUGAUAGAUGGGGCCUAUAAAAAAGCCGUUCUAAUCACUGGCUGCGACUCCGGAUUUGGCAAUGGCUUAGCCAAAAGAUGUAUGGAACAUGGGAUGACUGUCUUCGCUAGCUGUACCACAGAUGAGGUAAGCGAAAAAACUUCCUGGUCAAUUUAUGCAUCUUCUAGGGCCGAAAACUGCUCACUGAAGAAUGCAGAAGCAUGAACGGCCAACUUCACGCUUUCCUUAUGGACGUCACUAGCGAUGAGGACGUUGAAAAGACUCGGCAAUUCAUUGAGGACACUGUUGGCCCGGCUGGACUACAUGCCAUUGUCAACAAUGCAGGGAUUGCUGGAGAAUUCGUUUGGGAUGAGUGGCAACCGGUGGAACACUAUCGAAAAUUGUUUGAAGUUGACACUUUGGGAGUAAUCAGAGUCACUCAUAAGUUUAGAAACAUGCUAAAGAAGAGCCGGUAAGAAUCUGGAACGUCAACAUUUUUUUUCUGAAAGUCAGCUUUUGGGCUGCUGUUGGCACAGAAGUUGUUGACGUUUUUGCACUACUCUAUAUUUGUGUUCCCAAAAUUCGACACAAUUUAAGACACAAUUUACAUCUCUUUUGUGAUAACCUGAUAACCCUUUCCCCAUUUCAGAGGCCGAAUUGUCAAUGUGACCAGCAGCUUUUCGGUCUGCGCCCCAGCCCAGAUCGGGCCCUAUGCAGUCGCGAAAUACGGUGUGGAAGCGUUUUCGGACACUAUCAGGUAAUUUGAAGUGAGAGUAAAAGUGUUUCGACUCUUAGACGCGAAUAUGCAAUUCAUGGGAUCUCUGUGCACAUUGUUGAACCCGGAUUCUUAAGAACGCCAAUGAAUGUGGUGGAAAACGGAUUGAGAAACAUUCAAAGAGCUUGGGACAGACAGCCGGAGGAAGUGAAGAGGGAUUUUGGGGAAGAAUUCUUCAAAUACAGUAAGUUCGAGGUUGGCUAUGUACUGUGUGGAAGCACACAGUAAUUGGAACAUCUCUUUGCUGGCUCAAAAAAGCAUUUUAAAACCUACAGUAAAGCAAGGUCAUUUUUUUCAAAACCACUUGAUGUCGCUCGCUAGCUUUUAACAAAGCAGCAAAACAAAACCUACAGUAACUUCGCGGACACUUUGGAAGACUGCUCAAAGCACCGUGACUACCGCGAUUCCGCGAUUAAAACCGCUACUUUUUCGGUUUUUGAGUUAACUGCGAAUUCCUGUUUAAUGCAGCGUCUCUACAAAAAUUCGUAACGCAUUCCUUUCAUCUACCGCCCACAGUAACCUAAGAUAAUUCCACCCCCACAAGCAUAACUUUUUCAGCCCAGGACACAACCCGAAUCCGCUAUGGAUUCGGAUCUGACCCGAAGAUUGUUGUUGACGCCUAUUUCCACGCCUUGACUGCCAAGCAUCCCAGGACCCGUUAUCGGCCGGGAAUUGAUGCUAAACUCUUUUACAUUCCUUCAGCUCAUCUACCAACGCUCCUCCAAGAUUGGUGGUUCCAAAUGCAUCCUGCUUACAGAGUGAUGACUCCCAAGGAAUGCAAGAAAAAAUACUCCGCAUUUUAA